UUUUACACAGGAAGUAGUUACAGAGAGUGCUCCUGUCCUUGUGGACUACACAGAAGUACCAGAAUGAUAAUGAACAUGUCGCGAAAUAGGAGAACCACUCUAAUAUUUGCAGGUUUUGUAACGGCGGUUGCAGCCGCUUUCUAUCCGAUAUUUUUUUAUCCUAUGACACACGUACAUGAGUACAAGCAAGUUCAGACCACGAACCGAGCUGGAAUCAAUCAAGCGGAUGUCCAACCCGUAGGGGUGAAGAUCUGGUCUGAUCCAUUCAAGUCAAAGUGAGGACCAUGAGAGCAGAGAUUUUUGGUGCCAGGAGGAAGAGGAGGCAGAAAUCUGACCGGUUGCCUACCCUGAUUCUGGGUUGAUUUUUAAUCUUGGCAGCGGUGCUCAUGGGAGGUGAAGUCCAGGGCCGUGUUAAUACCCAACAACUUUGUGUUUCUGCAUCAAAGACUAUUUCAGAUGAACUGUCUCAAGAGGAUCAAGGGGGCAAUCAGAGUUUUUAAGAAAAUGCAUACGUUAUUAUCGUGUUUAGAGUUUGUGGUGGCUGCACUGAUUAAAUUUGUUGUUCAGUAAAUUAUGGGAUUGCAGGAUUCCCUACUUUCUUCUGUACCUCUUUAUUCAAUUGUUUUAAUCUUCAGGAGUGGAGUGAGAAGCUGGGCGGGACUGGUGUCCAUGGCAACACAGAGUGCACCAGCCAAAGUGCACCUGGACUGCCAAUCCAGUCCCACCUCUCUCCCGAAACAGAUUUAUUUAACUUUCUAGUUUGGGAAUCAGCAAAUAUUAUUUCUGCAUCAUCAAGUUCUAACCAUCUGUGAAUCUGAGUGGAAAUGUAUAUAUUCUUCUGCAUUGUUUUAGUAGCAUUCGUAUUCAUGUGUUUUGUCAUUGUUAUCAACAAAGGACAGUGGUAAUAACAUAUUUUAUUUACUGAGGAAUUUUCUCAUGCCCAUUGUGGUCUCCUGCACUAAAUUGAAAUUCUGUUUUAAAACGGAAAGUAUAAAACCACAAAAAUGGACCAAAUACAAAAGGAAAAACAAUUUGGAAGGGUAGAGAUUUACAUAUUAUCCCAAACAGACCCCCAAUGUUUUUUUUCCUCACAUGGUCCUGGCUAAAGCUGAGAUAACUGAAAUGAAGUGACUAUUCAGAAUGGAAAUAUUAUUAUAUAAUAAGAACUAAUUAAAUCCUGGUGGUGGAUAUAAUAUAUUUAGCCACCAGAUGGCAGUGUUUGCUCAAAGAUACAAUAUGAUCAAUGUUUGUCCUACGAUGUUGGACUAGGUUUAACUAAAACUCGAAAUUAUUGGUUACUGCUUUUUCCCAGGCUCUUUUCUAUUGCAGUCCUUUAUAUUCUUAUAUAAAUGAAAUAUGCUGCGAGUGUGUGUUUGAUCUUAAACUCACUUCUCACUUUAAUCUCAUAAAGACGACAUCAUAUUUCAAGCACAUAAUUCAUUGUUGAAUUUCCGGUCUGCUUUUAAAAAAAAUCUUUUCUCAUGUCUGGCAUUUGUUUUUGUUAAGUUCAGACCAAUAAAAAAAUGCAAACCCAAAAGAACAGUAAAAGAAUGAAAAA